CUUUCUAAACAAAAAAAUACAAGUACACCUAGUUGGGCCACGUUAAUUUUUCCAAAUUCUGUAUACUUGUUAACAGGUCUUACUGCAACAGGCACAGGACGUAAUAAAAAAGAUGCUAAACACGAGGCUGCCAAAGCUAUGCUUGAAAAAAUAGCAGCUCAUAGAGCUUAUCCGCAGUUACCAGCCUCUCCAGCACAAUCCCCUGUAAGAUCACCUAUAUCAACAGUCAUACCAGCUUCUCCAAGAAUUUCAUCAUAUGAUUUCAUAAAUGCGAUAGGUGCUUUGCAGUCAGUGUGUGCAGACAAUUGUUUGGAAGAACCAAAAUAUAUUUCUAUUAGUGAUGAAGGUCCCCCGCAUGCAAAAAUCUUUACUUACCAAUGUAUACUUUCGAUGUUUAAAGAAAAAGGAGUUGCUACUACAAAGAAACAAGCGAAACAUGAGGCAGCUAGAAAAAUGUUAAAUCGUAUAAGAGAUCUUGUUGUGAUUAAUUAUCCAGAUCUUUUGAAUGACGACCACGAUGUGGUAAACAGCAAUUUCAGUGCAAGUAAAAUUUCACAGAAAAAAGUUAAUUUAGGCUUUAAGAUUUCUGAAUAUCAUCUUGCAUUUAAAAAACUUGUUACGUCAAUGCACAAAGAAAUCUUAGAAGAAUUAAAAUCGAUCAAACCUGAUAUGAGUAAGAGUGAAUUUUCUGACGAUAUUUUAAAGAGAUUACAGACAAUUUUAACGUCAGUAGCUAUAAAUCACAAUGUAUCAUCAUUAGCUUCUAACAAGUCAGAUAUUUGUAUAGUUUGCAUAGGUCUUGAUACUUCUCCAUCUAUUGUACAAUUUGGCAUGGGAAAAUGUGAAGAAGAAGCUACAUUUAAAGCAGCUGUUAAGAUCAUUAAUAUUCUUAUAUUACUUUUAGAAUAGUAAUUAGUCUAUCCAUACCUUGCAUACAUUACCAAAAGACUUGUCACAGAUGAAAAAUUGAUUAUUACUAGCCAAAGGGUGUUUUAACCAGUUAACGUAAAUAGUUAACGUAUACAUUGAUUUUUUUAAGUUUUUACCCCUUGACAUACAAAAUAUAUUAUUUUAUUUUGUUCAUUUUCGUUUAAGUUACGUGAAAACUGAGAAAGAGUAUAUUUUAUUUUGAAAUUUGGAUUUCUAUUAAUUUGAUUGGAGUUUAUUAAUUCGUCUAAUAAAGCGUUUGACUCGUCAAAGUCUACAGUGGACGAGUCUGACUGUGUCAAGGGGUUAACUUAAUAAAUGGCUGUGCCGUAAUUUUUAAUAAAAAAUUAAUACAUAUACAUUAUAUUAUCUAUUUUUUUUUUUAUUGACUUGUAUAAAAUUAAUUUCAUUAUGUAUUCUUAUUAUACAAAUAACUUUAUUAAUUUUUAUUCAUUUGAUGUCACAUAACAAAGCUACUCCGCGCAAUGUCCAAUGACGAGGAUUAUGAUCUGUUUGAAAAUCAAUAGAACCAACAUAUUUUUGA